UCCCCGCUUGCUUCUGUGUCGUGUGUUUUUGGCUGUCUCCUCGCAACAGUAGAACGUCUUCACUCGCAACUCUCCACGGUCAUGCUGUCUCUCCCUCGCUCUGUGUGGCGCUCUCCCCCCGCUCCCCCACAUCUCACGCAUCUCGCGCGCCGUCCUCAGUAUAGCCCAUUCAACCGAUUCUCCGCAGUGCUGAAAUAGAGAGUGAGUGAAAGGAGGGGGGGCAAAAGAGAGAGAGAUAGAGAGAGAAGCGAGGGGGCGAUACGGGGAAACACACGAGAGAGAGUCAGACAGAGAGAAAGAGAGAGAGAGAGAGAGCGAGGGAGAGGGGGGCGCAAAAGGAAAACUGCACAAUCUGAAAAGGCUCCCUAGCGCGCGGAUCUUUCGACGGCUGCACCAUUCAUUUGGACUGUCGGAAAGGACGAGCAUGUUUAGCACGCGAGCACUCACGCUCCUGUCCUCGGUGUUUGGGGCAUGCGGCCUGCUCCUGGUGGGCGUGGCUGUGUCCACAGACUACUGGCUGCUGAUGGAGGAGGGCGUCAUUUUGCAGCAGAACCAGAGCAUGGAGGUCAGGAUGGCCCUGCACUCCGGCAUGUGGAGGGUCUGCUUCGUGGCAGGACCUGAAAAGGGGAGAUGUGUAGCAUCAGAAUACUUCACCACUGAAGCUGAGAUAGAUAUUGUGACCGAAAACACUGCAAAUAUACUGAAGAUGGUACGGACAGCCACGCCGUUCCCCAUGGUGUCGCUGCUCUUCGUCUUCACUGCCUUCGUCAUCAGUAACAUCGGACACAUCCGGCCACAGCGCACCAUCCUGGCCUUCAUCUCCGGAAUCUUCUUCAUCCUCUCAGGGCUGAGCCUGGUGGUGGGCCUGGUCCUCUACAUCAGCAGCAUCAACGACGAGGUGAUGAACCGGCCACGUGAGCCCGAGCACUUCUUCCACUACCACUACGGCUGGUCCUUCGCCUUCGCUGCCAGCUCCUUCCUCCUCAAAGAGGGGGCCGGGGUGAUGUCAGUGUACCUCUUCAUGAAGCGCUACGCCGAGGAGGAGAUGUACCGGCCCCACCCGUCCCUCUACCGCCCCCGCCUGUCCGAGUGCAGCGACUACAGCGGCCAGUACCUUCACCCCGAGUCGUGGCCUCCUCCGCAGAGGGGCCGCAGCGCGUCUGAGGUCUCCAGUGACAUCUCCAUCCAGCUGAACCAGACGCCCCCGCCGCCCAAGGGCAGCUCCCAGCAGCAGCAACAGCAGCAGGCCCCGUCCUCUGGCCCCUCCUCGGGCGCCAGCUACCAGCAGUCCUCCUCCUCCUCCUCCUACCCCCACCACACCAUGUCCUCCCACCCCCUCCACUCCAGCCACCACACCAUGUCCUCUCACCCCAGCGGGCCCCCUCCCCAGUCCAUGCCCAUGGCCAUGCCCCCCUCUGCCCAGGCCCCUCCCCGAUACCACCAACACAUGCGCAUGAGUGCCUCGCCAUGCUAGAAGGGGGAGUGAGGGAUGAGGGAGGGGGGUAGACAGAGUUGGGGUUGGCUCUGUUAUACACGCAACACACAGAGACAGAUGCAAACACACACGCACAUACACACACCCAAACACACAGAUGCACGCAUGAAGAGUGUGGGAGGAGAGAUGGAAGCGAGGAUGAGAGAAGGAGAUUUAGGAGAUCAAGAGAAAGAAGGGAAUGAACGAGGGAAAGAGAACGAGGUGGGCGGAGGAUGAUUUAAAAUGUAUGCCGUGCCUCAGAUGAAGACAGACAUUUUAGCAAACUUUCAGAGAGAGGGAGGAAACGAGAGAGGGAGAGAGGGGGAUAUGAUCAUUAUUUACACAAUAAGAAAAAGAGGGAGGAGAGGUAUGGGGGGCUGUGAAAAAGAGUGCUGCUGUUUCAGAAGAAUAAGCAUAAGAUGCAUUUCAAGCACUAACACACACAAGAAUCAAGGACACAUUGUAUAUGCAUAGAGAUUUAUACUUAAACUGUAUAGACAUUUUUCUUUAAGUGCUGGGAAGUUGAAAAAUGAACCAUGUUUGUCUUUCAUGAGAUGUGUAUUACUGUAUGAUUAGGUCUAUCAUUGUAUUAAUUGUUUGUAUUGGAGAGGCAUUGUUGGAUGAAUGUUCCCAUAGACUUCUGAAGAUCAUUCAAGAUGGUUCUGUGACUCAAACUGUACAUAUUGUAACAUAUCAGAUUCUCCUCUGCAGUUCGCAUUCUUCUACUAUACAUGUCCAGGUCGCAGGCUUCAGCAUCCAUUUUGGAAUCCAUAAAAACACUUGAAUUUU